AUCUCUAAUUUACCUUUUGAUGUCCAUUUCAUUUUCUCUCCUCUUGCGUUGAUUUUCUUAUUUCAAAAUAAAGUUUUUUGAGCUUCAAUGGGCAUCGGAGAUUUAUUACUGUUUUAUCAUUGUUUUGGGAUAAAUGUAUGGUUGACCCCUCUGGGGAAAUUCCUAUCUCAUGUGUAUCUAGUAGUUGAUUCAUUUCUGAAGAUUUUUGGAAAGUGAGUUUAGUACCUUUGACUAUAAAGAUUUUGGUGGGUUUUUGUUUUUUGUUCAAAGCACUGAGUCCAGCCUUUUAUUAUAAACCGUUUGUUUUGACUUGUUUAGUUUGGCUGAUUUGAUUAGGGAUCUUGAAUUCUGCAAUUUUUGAAUUUUUUUGGUGCUUAAGCCGACUCUAGAUCAGUAUCACUCAGCUCCGUAGUCACCGUCAGUUAUAUUUUUGCAAUGGAACAAGAGAGAAAUAUUUAGUUGACGAGUGUGCUUUGGGAUCUACUAAGCAGUAAUUUUGGCGUGGAUUAAUUACUUAAGAUAUUUUUCCUAUGAGGAUUUGUCCUGUCCAAGAACGAGGAAGAUAGCAUUGAUUUGCCUUUUUGGAAUCAUGGCUACAUUUUUGCAUGGAGAGUCGAGACGCAUGUAUUCUUGGUGGUGGGAUAGUCAUAUUAGCCCGAAGAAUUCCAAAUGGCUUCAGGAAAAUCUUACAGAUAUGGACAGAAAUAUCAAAGCAAUGAUCAAGCUCAUAGAAGAAGACGCCGAUUCCUUUGCAAGAAGAGCAGAGAUGUACUAUAAGAAACGCCCUGAGCUGAUGAAAUUGGUCGAAGAGUUCUACCGAGCAUACCGUGCCUUGGCUGAGAGAUACGAUCAUGCAACUGGUGCAUUGCGCCAAGCUCAUCGAACUAUGGCUGAAGCAUUCCCCAACCAAAUCCCACCAAUAAUGUCCGAUGAGUCUCCUUCUUCUUCCGGUGCCGAGAUUGGGCCCCACACUCCUGAAAUGGCCCCACCAAUGCGCGCACCAUUGGACCCGGAUGACUUGAAUAAGGAUGUAUUGGGUGUAUCCUCACAUUUCCAUGGUAGAAGAAGAAAUGGGGCUUUUUCCGAAGAGAGCAAUUCAAUAUCAACAAAGAAAGGGUUGAAGCAACUGAUUCCAUCUGGUGAAGGUAAAGUGAGGAAAGUCCUAAGUUUCAAAGAUGAAAAUGGAAGGGUUGAAGAGAUAGAAGACCUCAAAAACGAAAUAAGACAUUUACAAGAAGAUGUUUCUCAGUUAACAACUAAGAAUGAGAAUCUCAUGAGCUUGAUGGCAUCGGAAUCACAGCAUGCUCGAACUUUAGAAGAGACGAUCUCUAAAUUAGAAUCGAUGAAGGAAGCUGCUGCUUUUCAGUACAACCUUUCAAUAGAAAGGAUAUCUAGCUUAGAAAAUGAUAUCUCUAACACGAGAUGUGAAAUCAGUGAGGUUAAUGAUGCUAUGGUAGUGAAGUUAAACAGUGUUGAAGAACAAUGUCUUGCAAUGGAGAAGGUUAACCGAUCUCUGCAAUUGGAGCUGGAGACACAACAAAGAGAACUGGCAAAAAGAGGAAAGGAGUUGGAAGAACUCAAUACUUCAAUAGAAGUGGAGCAUAAAAAAAGGAUGCAAGUUGAAGUGGCCCUCAUGUCCUUGGAGCAAAUACAUACCCAUUCUCAAGAAGAGGCAGAAUUUUUGGUUCUCGAGAAGGAGGAUGUUAGUGAGAAGUUGAAGGAGAUGGAACUGAGUAAAGUUGGUCUUGAGGAGAAAAUUACCGAGCUGGACAAGAUAAUUGGCAACCUUCAUGAACAAAAUAUACUGUCUGGAAUCAAGAUAAAGGAAUUGCAAGAUGAAAUUAAAUUACUGAAGGAAACAAAAGGGAAACUCGAAAAUGAGUUGGGGACAUAUCUAGAGGAAAACAGAGCUCUUCUAAAAGAAGUUUGCUCCUUAAAGGAGGGUAACAAAGAUUUGGAGCAAAAGCAUCAAGGUCUAACCGAACAAAUUGAAGUAGUUUCAGAUAAAAAUGUAGUCUUAGAGAACUCUUUAUCAGAUGCAAAUGUUGAACUAGAAGGGUUAAGAGAGAAGGCAAAAGCACUGGAGGCUUCUUGUGAAACCCUCCUAGGUGAAGUCUCCACACAUGUUGUUGAAAAGGGUAUGUUGGUAUCUCAGUUAGAGUCUAUUUCGCAAAAUAUGGAGAGGGUUUCAGUGAAAAAUUUUAUCUUGGAGAACUCUUUAUCAGAUGCAAAUGUUGAACUUAAGGGUUUAAAAGCCAGAUUUGAAGAUUUGGAACAAUCCUCCGCAUCCCUUUGCGAUCAAAACUGUACUCUUCUGUCUGAAAAGAAUACUCUUGUUUCUCAGAUAGGCAACCUCGAGCACAAGUAUUUUGAGUUACAAGACCAGCAUAAACACCUGGAAAAGGAGAAAGAUUCUAGAGCUCACCAAGUUAUGGAGCUCCAAAAUUCCUUUCAACUAGAAAAACAAGAGUAUGAAACUCGCAUCUCAUCAUUGUCAAGUCAAGUGUCCUCUUUAAAUAACCAAAUCCAUCUCCGAAAGGAAGAAAUACAGGCUAAGGCAAUGGACUUCGAAAUGGAACAGCGAAAAGUCAUGAGUUCUCUUUUUCAUAUUUUCAUUUUGCAGAGAUGUUUAUGUGAAAUGAAUGAUAAGAAUUUAUUUCUUUCUGGAGAAUGCCAGAAUCUUCUGGAAGCAUCUAAACAUGCAGAGGGUCAAAUUUCCAAACUCAAAUGGAAGGAAUUCAUGCAAAAGAAAGAGAUAACAUCAUUGUCUGAGCACAAUGAUGUCAUUAAUAAAGGCAUCCAUAUGUUAUUGGAGGCAUUUAGCAUUGAUGUGAAGCAUAAUACUCAAGAUGGUUUAAGUGAUGAAGUGCUUGCGCAAUUUAUUUUGCCUGAAGUUAAAAAAUUGCUAAACUCUGUUUCAGAUGCUGCAGAGGAAAACAAAAAACUUCAGCUUGAGGUAGACGACCUUGAGAGCAAGUAUCUGACACUUCAAGAUCAGCACUCUAAUCUAGAGAGGCAAAAGGAUUCAACAGUUUGUCUAGUCAUGGAACUUGAAAGUUCCUUAAGACUUAAAGACCAAGAGCAUGAAGCUCUAGUCUUAUCCUUCUCGAGUCAGCUGGCAUCUUUGAGAAAGCAAGUCCAUCUCCUAGAAGAAGAAAUCAAGAUUAAGGAUGAGGACCUUGAAGUGGAACAGCAAAAGACUAUUAAGUCUGAUCUUGAGAAUUUUGUUUUGUGCAGAUGUUUAUGUGACAUGAAAGAUGACAACUUGAGUCUAUUUGGAGAAUGUCAGAAUCUUCUAGAAGAACUUAAAUGCAGAGAGAAAAAGAUAUCUGAACUUAUCAACGAGGACUUCAUGCAAAAGAAAGAGCUAACUUUGUUAUCAAAUCGGGUUGAGAUCCUAAGGGACAUAAUUCAUUCGUUAUUCGAUGUACUCAACAUUGAUAUGAAAAAUGGUAGCAUGGACAACUGUAUAGAGGAAGUACAUUUGCAAAUUAUUCUGGAUGAAGCUCGGAACUUGCUGAGUUCUGUUUCAGAUGCUCGAGAUGAAAAUCAAUGCCUUCACCUUGAGGUAGUCAACCUUGAGAGCAAGUAUCUGACACUCCAAGAUCAGCACUCUAAUCUAGAGAGGGAGAAAAAUUCAACAGUUUGUCAAGUCAUGGAGCUUGAAAGUUCCUUAAGUCUCAAAAAGCAAGAACAUGAAGCUCUCAUCUCAUCCUUCUCGAGUCAGCUGGCUUCUUUGCAAAAGCAAGUCCAUCUCCUAGAAAGAGAAAUCAGGAUUAAGCAUGGGGAUCUUGAAAAGGAGGAGGAAAAGAUUAUUAAAGCUCAUCUUGAGAGUUUUGUCCUCCGCAGAUGUUUAUGUGACAUGAAAGAUGGCAACUUGAGUCUAUCUGGAGAAUGUCAGAAUCUUCUAGAAGAACUUAAAUGCAGAGAGAAAAGGAUUUCUGAACUUAUCGACAAGGACUUCAUGCAAAAGAAAGAGCUAACUUUGUUAUCAAGUCGGGUUGAGAUCCUAAGGGGCAUAAUUCAUUCGUUAUUCGAUGUACUCAACAUUGAUAUGAAAAAUGGUAGCAUGGACAACUGUACAGAGGAAGUACAUUUGCAAAUUAUUCUGGAUGAAGUUCGGAACUUGCUGAGUUCUGUUUCAAAUGCUCGAGAUGAAAAUCAAUGCCUUCACCUUGAGGUAGUCAACCUUGAGAGCAAGUAUCUGACACUCCAAGAUCAGCACUCUAAUCUAGAGAGGGAGAAAAAUUCAACAGUUUGUCAAGUCAUGGAGCUUGAAAGUUCCUUAAGUCUCAAAAAGCAAGAACAUGAAGCUCUCAUCUCAUCCUUCUCGAGUCAGCUGGCUUCUUUGCAAAAGCAAGUCCAUCUCCUAGAACGAGAAAUCAGGAUUAAGCAUGAGGAUCUUGAAAAGGAGGAGGAAAAGAUUAUUAAAGCUCAUCUUGAGAGUUUUGUACUCCGCAGAUGUUUAUGUGACAUGAAAGAUGACAACUUGAGUCUAUCUGGAGAAUGUCAGAAUCUUCUAGAAGAACUUAAAUGCAGAGAGAAAAAGAUUUCUGAACUUGGGCAUGAGGUUCUCACAAAAAAGAAAGAGCUAGCUUCAUUAUCUAGUCAGAACGAGAUUCUAAGGGAGAAAAUUCAUUUGUUAUUAGAUGCGCUUAACAUUGAUAUAAAAAAGGGUAGUAUGGAUGACCGUACAGGUGAAGUAUAUUUGCAAAUUAUUCUGGAUGAAGUUAGGAACUUGCUUAGUUCUCUUUUAGAUUGUCAAGAUGAAAAUCAAUGCCUUCAACUCGAGGGAUUGGUUCUUGCUACCCUCAUGAAGCAAAUUGGAUUCGAAAAAUCUCAUCUUCAUCAUGAGCUAGAAAUUCAAACGAAGGAAUUAUUAGAUUUGGCAAGUGAGAAGCAUGAAAUCUUGGAGAUGAACAAACAAUUGAAAGAAGAAAAUAAUUUCUUUUUCUCACAGGUAGAAAUUAUCACACACAGUUUGGAAACACUACAAGUAAAGUAUUCAGAGCUGGAGGAGAGGAACUUGAAUCUAGAGAGUGAGAAAGACUCAGCAUUUCAUCAAGUAUCGGAGCUAGAAAGCUCAUUGAAAUUAGAAAAACAUCAGUAUCACGCUCUCAAAAGCCAACUCAGUGUCCUGCAAAAAGAAAAUCAGGCUAAAGAAGUUGACUUUGAAAUGGAACAGCAGAAGACCAUGACUGCUUUGCUUGAAAUGUUUAUCUUGCAGAGAUGCUUAAAUGACAUGAAAGAAGAAUAUUUGAUACUCUCUGUCGAAUGUCAGAACCUUCUAGAAGCAUCUAAAUGUUCGGAUAGGCUACUUUCUGAACUCAAGCAUGACCAAACUGUCCAGAAUGAAAGUAAUGAUAAACUAAGGAGUGGGAUUCUUGUAAUGUUGGAGGAAUUUAAUAUAAAUAAUGACUGUGGAAGAGUAAUUGAUGGAAGCAAAGAUGAAGUGCUAGUGCAAACUCUUCAAGGUGAAAUCAAGUCCAUGCUGAGUUCCCUUUCAAAUUCUCGGGAGGAAAGCCAAUGUCUUCAUCUUGAGAUAUCAGUUUUUGCUACCCUCUUAAAGCAAAUUGGGCUAGAAAAGGAUGAAGCUUUAAAGAUGAAUGAAGAAAUGAAGGUUGAAAAUAUCAGUUUGCUUGAAGAGAAUCAGACUUUGUCAAAGAGAUCUUAUGAACUGAAGGAGAAACUUGAUAGAGUGGAGGGAGAAAACAGUGACAUUUUAGCUGAGCUUUUGGCAUUGGAUCACCUCUUUAUUUUCUUCAAGGCUCUCAGUGUAGAGAGAGGAUUAAAUCUGAAAUUGUCAAGUAAUAAUAUGUGCCGUAACCUUUCUGUUAAAAAUGGCCUAGACAAGGAGAUCAGAUUAUUAAACCAAAGAAUCCUGGAGUUUGAAAUGGAAGCCAUGAAUCUGAAGGAAUUGGCCCUUCUUCAAGAUUUUGAGAUGAAUAUGGCGAGCAAUUUCUAUGAAGAAAUUAAUCUUCAACUUGAAGCUACAGAGAAUGAUUUGUUUGAAGCUCGGCAAGAGAAUGCAUUAUUAUGUCAAAAACUUGAUGGUAUUAACAAGGAUUUUGAUAAUGCAAUGGCGAGAAGUAAAAAGUUAGAGAAAGAGAUUAAAGCUUUAUCAUCUGAUGUUGCUUCUAAGGACAAGGAGACCACAGAUGUUAUAGAAAUAAAUAUACUGCUUCACAAGGAACUUGAUAGGUCAAAUCAGGACAUUGCAGUACUUAGAAGAAGGGAAGAGCAUCUGUCCUCUGAACUUCAAAAAGGAACUAGUGAGAUUCACAAAUGUGAAGGUGAAAUUGAAACAUUAUUAAAGGACAUCCAAAUCUCAACAGUUAACAGUGCAAUAUUUGAAGAGAAGAUACUUGAGUUGAUAGUAACAUGUGAGAGCCUUGAGAUUCUUUCAACUCUACAGAUGGAGAUGCUAUGUGAGGACAUUGCAUUGAAAAAUGCUUGUAUUGAUGAGUUCGAAAGAAAACUCAGAGACCUUGAAGGACAACAUAAUGCACUAAAGGCUAACUUCAAUGCUCAUUUACCCAUGUUGAUGACUUUGUUUGAUGGAAUUGCAUGUUUAGAAGCACACAUCCUUUCCCUAGCAAAGCUUGUAGGAAAACAGGAAAUCCCUCCAUGGUUUCCACGAUUCCCAGAAAUACAAAAGGAUGAUGUCGCUUCAGAAACUUCUGAGACAAAGAAAAGCAGUAACCGAACAAUUAUGAAAAUCACAGAUUUACAGAAAUUGAUUGCAAAACUAGAAGCACUUCAAAAUGUGAUAAUAGACACCAAAAAUCUCGUAGAGCAAGAAAGGAUGGAUUCUAAAGCUAAAAUAGAGGCUACAAGGAAAGAGAUUGAAGAGCUGAAACUAAAAGAUGAAAUCUCUAAGGAGAAGUAUGGGCAGAAAAUGAAAGACAUCCAGCUGGACCAAGUGUCAAGAUCUGACAGGCCAAAUAAGAGCGAGAAUUCUGAAUCCGAUGAUCAAAUGCUUGAACUAUGGGAAACUGCUGAAAUAGACGACAUUGAAGCCAUUGAAGAAGUAAAGAGCGAAUAUCCUUCAUCUGAACUUAUUGCUGAGAAAGAAUUUAGUAUAGAUAAGCUCGAAGUAUCCACAAGAGUUAACGAAUCAUCUCUUCGACAGUGGAACAAGAAGUUCAUUCAGAAGCUUGAUUCUGAUGCUCGAAGGCUUUCGGUUGCACAAAGAAGCCUACGAGAACUCAAGACCAAACUUGAGAGUACAGGGAAGAAAAAACAUGCAAAAUCAUCGGAGUAUGAUAAUCUCAAAGUCCAGGUGGCAGAGACUGAGGCUGCUAUUCUAGAACAAGUUGAGGUCUAUGAGAAAUUGAAGAAGAGGGUUGAGGAUGAUUUUGAAUCUUCGAAUGCUGUGAUUUGGGAGAAGGAGAGGAGGCGAAUUUCGGAGGAGGCAAGGAAAGGGUUGGAACAGAUUGACAACUUGGAGUUGGAGGUUGAAAAGAUUGAGUACGUAUUCCUCAAGGUUGAAGAAGAGGAGGAGAAGAGAAUUGGAUGUGUUGAUAGGAGAUCUAGCAUUCUUCUGAGUGAGUAUAUCUAUGGCAAGAAAAAAGACAAGGGGAAGAGAAAAGGUCCCUUUUGUAGGUGCAUGAGGCCUAAAACGAAGGGUUAGUACUGACUAUUUACGACUUUGGAUCAUGGUUUUAUUUUUUCGCCCGGGAGAGAAAAGCAAAACUAUUUGAAAGAGGUAUUUUCUAGAAUUUGAAAAUUAUUCAUCUAUGGAUAUUAUUAUUUGCUUUCAUCAUGUGUUCCUAAUUGUUGUGUUUAGGGAAACUGUAUAUGUCAUUUAGUGAGAUGGACAUUUUAUGUUUUCUUUUGAAUUUUUUUUGUUUAUAUUUAAUCCUUGGUAGAUGUUUCAUGGUUA